AUAAAUGAUCACUUCAGGCUCGAAAGUUUAAUGUCUAGGACGCCACAUCUAUGAUCUAUCCAACAUUGUCGUAGGGCUGCCAAGUAAUGAGGGGAUCAGCGCCGGCUGCCAGGGUGUUAGUUGCGCACAGACCAUGUCAACAAACAAAUCCAACACGGCAUCGCAAGCGUCAACACUCGAAAUCGAAAGGAAAACCAACUCAAUCGCAUGUGAACGAGCAUUAAAAACCACAUAUCGAACAAGCAGUUACAACACAAUCUGAAGAUGUCUUACAAUCCGCGCAUGAGCACUGCGCGCGUCACAUCCUCCUACAACCAGCGCACAAAACCGCAAGAUGAAGAUGCCUUCAUGACUCUACCCGACUCCGAGAUCGCAGGAUGCAUCACAGACAUCGGAAUCAACUUCACCGUCCAAGACCUCCAGAAACCCAACCCGCAGAUCAUCCAGAAGGUAUUCGAAUGGCUGGCCGAACUGUUGAUGAACACGACGCGGGAGGUGAUCGCACCGGCCAUGAGGGCGGCUGCAGAGGAUAUCUGCGGUGGAGACGCUGAGCGUAUCUUCACGAGCGACACAAGAGAUCUGAUGGCCUUCUUCGUCAUCCUCAAGAAGCUGCUGGGAGAGUGCGGAAUCCAUGACUUCACUUUCCAGGACAUCUAUAAGCCAUCGCACCCGCGUCUCGUCAAGAUUUUCUCGUACAUGAUCAACUUCAUUCGAUUCCGCGAGUCGCAGACUUCGGUCAUCGACGAGCACUUCAACAAGGCGGAGCGCACCAAGCUGCGCAUCGAGCAGCUUUACAACGACAAGCAGAAUAAGGAGAUGCAGGUCGCUGAGCUGGAGCGCAACCGUGUGGCUACACAGAGAGUCAUGGCCGAACGGGAGAAGAGGAACAGCGAGUUGAAGAGCAAGCUUCUAGAACUGAAGAAGGGUCAAGAAGCUGUUUCUGUGAAACUGGAACGUGCCAAGGAAGAACAGAAGAGGCUGAAGGAUCUGUUGAUCGAGAAGACUGAGGCGAAAGAGAAUGUCCAGAGGGAAGUCAUCAAGCUCAAGCCCUAUACUCAGCAGAGCCCGGCGGCGUUGGAGGACUCUCUCCGCAGCUUGAACGACAAGCUGGCUGCAGACAAGGCACAGAUUGAUUCUCUGGAUCGUCGAGCACGCGCCCUUCAAACUUCGACCGACUCCUUCGCAGUUGUGGCAUCAGACGUGACUGCUUGCACUCGGUUGCUGACAGACGUGCAAGCGGAUCUAGCAAGGGAGGAGGAAGAGCUUGGAAAGGCUUCGCGGCACCGGGAUGCUCUGGCCGACAAGAGCAACAAUGUCCGUGAAGUGGAGCGCCAGGAGAAACUUCUCCAGAAGCAGCUCAGCAACGUGAACGCACGAACAGAGAAGCUCAAGAACAAGGCGGAUGAAGAAGCCGAACGCGCCCGUGGACGUAUGGAGGAACUGAGGGAGACACACGCCAGUCUCGCCGAAGAAAGGGCUGAUAAAGGACGAGAGAUGGAGAGACGUAGAGUACGCAUCGAGCAGACUGAGAAAAAGAUGGCCGAGCUCAAAGACAACAUUGAGAACGAGGUCCACGCCGCACACGACGAGUACAGGAAGAUGGAGAGCCACAUCAAGCUGUACAUCACUGAGAUGGACCAGAGCCUCCAGUAAAAAGAAACAGCCUUGUUUCUCCCACGGUUUCAUUGGAUUUUCCCUAUCCCCUUGGCGUUAGAUCAGGUCCGCUCACGGUCGGUUGGCACAUGAUGAACUGGAUGUUGGGGGAGCUCAAGAUACCCCCGCCGUG